AUGGCUCACCAAGCUCACAAUAUCUGCUGGAACAUUCUAGCCAACAAUCUCAUCCAUCGAUCACCAGCAUACCCGGACGCUGAUCUGGCCUCAAAUCUGUACUUUCGGUUCAAGCCCGCGCAGGGGAAGGAGGUCGGCUACUUUGCCGAGUCUUUUGCUCGGAACAUCGCAGAACACACCAAAUGCGAGCGACAGAAGUAUCCAGCCAAGUUCGAUCCAAUUCAACCGGAUGAGGUGCUCCUAGAUGAUCGGACUGCGGAAAGGAUCCGGCCGAUGGCAUACAAAUGGUGUAAAGCCUACCGGGGAUGGUCGAUUGCAAGGAGGGUCGACAAGACCGCUGGACUGUGUCCCCAUCGCGACGACGACGGUUUCUUUGCCUGUGGAUGCCCUUUGCCCUUCUCGGAACGAAAGGGCUCAGCCUUUCUCCGCCGCUAUCAAAGCAAUCACUGCUAUCAAUUCUUCGAUGUCAAUGGCGCGGCCUUUUACAAUUUGCAGGUGGUCAACGCGCUCUUGGUCCUGGGCGAGAUGGAGACGGUCCUGCGUAUCUGCAGCCUUGAGAACGACCUGGCAAGGUGGAUGGAGAUGUACGAAUGUUACUGUGUGGUAUGCCCUCGAUGA